UGUGAGUAAAGAAAAAAAAAACACGAAAGAGCAAAAAACCAUCUUUCUUCUCUUAUAACUCACAACCUUAUCGAGUGAAGAAGAUUUGGUUAGUAGCGAAAAAUGGCGUCGAUUGCAGCUUCUUCUACCUUUCACUUGUUUUGUACAACCAAAAGCCCUAAUCUUUCUUCGACCCAUCUUCUCCCUUUGUCGAAAAAUCUCAACUUUAGGACCAGAGCUAUCGGAAAUAGCCGAAUUUGCAGUUUUGCUGGGUUUAUGAAACAGAAUCGCCUUGGGUUAAUGAAGCUUUCGUCGGUUGGAGAAGGAGGAGAAGGUGUCGCAGUCGCAGAGGAGCAACAGCAAGAGACUGUCUCUGUUCCUGUCUCUCCUUCAGACAUGCUCACCAUGUUUUUUCAGGCUGAUGGAACUUUGAACGAAGCAGCUAUUCCUAAUGUGACAAGGGCCUUACAGGAUAUUGAUGGAGUUUCCAAUUUAAAGGUUCAGGUAUCUGAAGGUGUUGCCGUCGUUGAGCUUUCAAAGCAAACGACCGUUCAAGCAACAGGAGUGGCGUCAAGCUUGGUGGAGACUAUACAAGGAGCUGGAUUUAAAUUACAGACUUUGAAUUUGAGCUUUGAAGAUGAAGAUGAAGUUCUUGUCUAGUUAAAUCAUCUUUCUCCUUCAUUUUGUGAUUAAAGAAACACAUAAUGUUCAAUUUUAGGGAUACUUUCUUUCA